AUGGGAUUCCCCGGUCUAGCUAUCGACGGAAACAGAAGUCCCAAAACUCCAAGCAGUUUUUGUACAAAAACAUACGACGAAGACGACCCAUAUUGGUAUGUUGAUUUGGGAUAUUCGGUCACUGUCGACCACGUCACCAUCGUCAACCGUCAAGACUCUUUGAUUGUGAAGAUUACGCCCUUCGACCUCCACGUUGGGGACAGCACUGACGUGACUAAGAACCCGAUGUGCGGCGGCCAUCACCACUUUCCUCGUGAUGAGACCGAGCAUGUUGUCCACUGCCGCGGGAUGAGGGGCAGGUACGUGGGCAUCAGACUCCCGGGGAAGAGUAGAAUCCUAUCGCUGUGCGAAGUGGAGGUUUAUGCAGCUACAAAUGUAGCUUGGGGAAAACCAACUGUCCAGUCAAAGGUCGCAUAUAACGGGGUUGCCUCCCGAGCGACUGACGGUUGUAGGGACCCGGACUGGGGUAGCUUGUGCUGCACGUCCACUCCGGCGCAGUCGAACCCUUGGUUGCGAGUAGACCUUGGUACCGAAGUCAGUGUCCGGUGGGUGGUCAUCAUCAACCGCCAGGACAGGACAGGACAGCGACUUGACCUCUUCGAGCUAUAUAUUGGAAACGAAGAACGCGUAGACCGUAACCGACGCUGCGGCAGUGUUAUUUACAUCCCAGAUGAUAAGAAUAAGAUUGCCACCGACUGUAACGGGCUAAGAGGGCGAUAUGUGGGGAUCCGUCUGCCUGGCAACAGCCGUACCUUGUCAAUCUGUGAAGUUGAAGUUUAUGAAGGCAGGAGACACCUGGUUAUCUGA